AUGAAGGCUUUCGUUGGUCUUGCUGCUAUUAUGGCUGGUCUGGCCACGGCCAACCCCCUCGCUGGCUCGGCCAAGACUGCACGAGGAUAUGUUACUGGCGAUGAAUUCGAGGAUCUCCGUGUGGCGCUUGUCAGCUGCCUGGAGGCCAAUCCUCCUGCAGAUGCGGUUAUAUCAGACUGGGCCACUUCCAUCGCGUCCCAAUACACUACUAGGGAUGAAAUCGUACAAGCAAUCGAUGAGUGCCAGUCGAAGGAGGCUUAA